AGCAGAUCCGGAGCACAGGCCCAGAGCCAGCCACUGGCCUGCACUACUUUUUCAAACCAGGGAUCAGCAAUGACCUGUCUCUGCAGCCGCACUUCUGCCCUGCCAGAAUGAUUAUUGCAAUCACACCCACUUUACAGCACCCAGUUGGGGCUACCAUGGUCUCCCUGUUCUCUGGCCGCGUCCUGAUCCGCAAUAACAGCGACCAGGAUGAGCUGGACACCGAGGCAGAGGUCAGCCGCAGGCUGGAGAACCGUCUGGUGCUGCUGUUCUUUGGCGCUGCGGCUUGUCCCAAGUGUCAGGCCUUCGUGCCCAUCCUCAAGGACUUCUUUGUGAGGCUCACAGAUGAGUUCUAUGUGUUGCGGGCAGCCCAGCUGGCCCUGGUGUACGUGUCGCAGGAUCCCACAGAAGAGCAGCAGGAGCUGUUCCUCAAGGACAUGCCUGAGAAGUGGCUCUUCCUGCCCUUCGAGGAUGAUCUGAGGAGGGACCUCGGGCGCCAGUUCUCGGUGGAGCACCUGCCCACGGUCGUGGUGCUGAAGCCGGGCGGGGACGUGCUCACUCGUGACGCGACGGCUGAGAUCCAGCGCCUGGGCCCAGCUUGCUUCGCCAACUGGCAAGAGGCGACCGAAGUGCUGGACCGCAACUUUCUGCUCCCCGAGGACCUGGACGACCCGGCGCCGCGGAGCCUCAUGGAGCCGCUGCGCCGCCGCAAGUACCGAGUGGACAAGGAGACGCGGGGCGGGCGCGGCCCGGAGGGCAGGACCCCGUUCUGAGCCUGCGGAGGCCCGGGGAGCCUCUGCUCCCGGAGGAGCGGUCCCCCAAGGUUCAGGGACGGGGACCGGCCUCUGCCCUAGCCUCCCGCGGAGUAUUGAACCCCGGUGGGAGGAGGCGGGGGGCCCGAGCUUGGGACCGCGGCGCUCCUCCGUCCCGGUCCUCCCACCCCCGGCCAUCCCGCCCCCGCCUCCGGGGAAGGAAGGCUGCUCUGAGCUCCGGUGACCCGAGCCGCCGACGGAGAGGGGCGGGGGAGGGGAGGGGUCUGCCCUGAGCUCCACCCCCAGGGGCUGCGCCCCGUCCACAUCCCCACUCCCGCCCCGGAUCCGAUCCCCAGCGAGAAACGGCGGGGUCCGGGGAGCCGGUUCUGGUCCCUACGCCACCGCCAUGGGGACAGACUGGGGCCAAGGUUGGGGCAGGUGGCGAGGGAGUCUCCAUUCAGACACCUCCGCGCACUCAGCGCGGGCCCAGGGCCUGUCCUCGUCCUCUGGGGCUUCUCUGGGCCUCCCGGGAAGCUGGCAGAGCUUUUAAAGUACCAAGAAAUAUUUUUGAGACCUGAUUCUAGAAUAUUUUUCGAGACCUGGUCCCCAAAUGGGAAAAUGCAAACUAAAUUAAAAAACGUGCUGAGAACGCUAAGCCCAUGGUGCAUUAAACCAUUUGUCCACAAAUUUCAUAUUCAAGCUUUUAAAAGAUUUCUAUUUUACGGGGAUGCAUUUCCCUAUUUAGCGCCAUGGACGCUGGGGGCCAGUGACCGCCACAGAGGGCCAAGAGUCUCCCAGGUCUUCAUCCCGGGGAUCCCGAGGGAGAGAGUAGAAUAUAGGAAUAAAACCCUCCGGUCUAGACUCACUUCUCGACUUCGUGACUGUGGGACAGUCACCUUCCUUCUCCAAGCCCCAUUUCUUU